AUGUCUGCGUUCAAGCGAAAGGCUCCCGCGGCGCGCACGGCGUCGACACCGGGGACUCGUCCGUGUCCCUCAUCUCCAUUCACACAGCUCACGUCGACGGGGAUACCUUCCCUUGAUGAUGUUCUGGGAGGCGGACUGCCUUUGUCGUGCUCUCUUCUGACGCUCGCGCCUGAUCCGCACUCGGCUUACGGAGAGCUGAGUGUGAAGUAUUUCGCCGCGCAAGGGCUGGCGUCCGGUCAUGCACUCGCCGUGGUUGAUGGCACACCCGAAGAAUGGCUGGAAGAGUGCAUGUGGAUACCGAAACCCUCAAUCGCAAACAAGGACGGCGCAAAGAUCGUCGAGGAAAGGGAAGAUGAAGAGGCGGCUGAGAAUGGGGGUAAAGUCAAGAUCGCCUGGCGUUACGAGAAUAUGAAGCGCGUACAGACAACUGUACCUACAUCUGCCAACGACACAGACGAGUUCUGUCGUACUUUCGAUCUCACGGCACGGAUACCACCCGCAAUCCUGCAGGCCGCCAAGGUUUCUUAUGUGGGCGUCAACGAUCACGGUACGGAUACGGUAAGGGACCUUCUGGACCGAUUGGAGGCCGCAUUGGAGGCUGCAGGCGAGGGUGUAGUACGCAUAUGCGUCCCCGCGUUCGGCGCGCCAGAAUGGGGCGAUAUAACUGGCACAGACGUCUUGAGGUUCUUGCACUCUUUACGGGCUUUAUUGCGCGCCCACCCGCGUGCCUGCGCGAGUAUCGCGCUCGUGCCACACCUCUCGGUGCCUGGCUUCGGUGGCCCUGGCUGGCUGAACAAGUUGUCGUUCUUGUCGGACGGCGCCCUCACGCUGGCUGCCUUUACGGGCGACCCAGUCUUGGCUCGUGCCUUUCCGUCGUACCACGGUUUCGUACGCCUCCAUUCGCUGCCCGCGCCUCAUACUCUACUUGCACCCAGCGAUAGGUUCAGUACCUUACGCGGGCUCGCUGGUGGAGCAGGAGGAGAGAAUAACCUCGCAUUCAAAUGCAUGCGUCGUCGCUUUGUCAUUGAGACUAUGCACCUGGACGUCGAGGGCGGGGUCGGCGAGCGACGGACGGCGCCCGCCCCCGCCACAGAAGCACGACACGACGCCGGGCAUAGUCACACUGAGUCCGGCGGGCGUGGUCUAGCAAAGGUCGAGGUUGCGGUCGAGGGCGGGGCAGAAAAGGCGGGCGCGAUCGAGGUGCAGGUACAGCUCAAGGCGGAGGUAGAGGAGAGCGGGGCUGCGGAACCGAAGAAGAGGAAAAAGAAGUCGGUCGCGUUUCGGGCGGACCGACCGGAUGUAUACGACUUCUGA